AAUGAGAAGAGACCGCUGAGAUUUAAAAACAACCUUCAGCUCGCGAGCUCUCCGUCUCUUCUACACGGAGCUGAGAACCCACUUUUAAAACGCUCAGUUCAAUGGAGAUGUUAAAAGAAGAAUCGCUUAAAAUUUACCUUUGGGAGAACAGGCUGAAAACCUUCGAAGGAUGGCCCUUUGAUGAAGACUGCUCGUGCACCCCGGAAAACAUGGCCAAAGCUGGCUUCAUCCACACACCUUCGGAGAACGGCCCGGACGUCGCCAUGUGUUUCUUCUGCCUGAAGGAGCUGGAGGGCUGGGAGCCGGAGGAUGACCCAGUAAAGGAGCACAAGUCUCACUCCCCCUCCUGCCACUUCAUUUCCCUGAAGAAGAAGGUGGAGGAGCUGACCAUGGAGGAGUUCUUCAAACUGCAGAAAGAACGGCAGAAGUUCACCGUCAACAAAGCCUGUAAAGACGCCAUCACCAGGUUUGAAGAGGAUGCCAAGGAGAGAAGAGCAAAUAUCAUUAAGACGGCAAUGGGAGAAGAGUGACACGACGGAAGUGAUGAGCUGUGUGUGUGUCUGUGUGUGUGAUUGUAGUUUGGAAGUGCCUGGUUCUUCAGUCAAGUUUGUCCCUUCUUUACAUUUGUCUUCUUCAAAGCUUUUUUCUGUUUUUACACAUUAAACUGGUUUAAAUGUUGAUUUUCCUUUUUUCUUUUUUUUCUAACGCCAGAAAACUGCCACACGCACACACCUGUGUGUAUAAAUGUGUGUGAUUUUGUGUGUGUCUAUUUUUUAUGAGCCUAAAUAAAUCCGGCAUUGCUCCGUG